AUGAAUGCUGAUCAUAAAAUUCCAUUAAUGGAAUAAGAAAUGGCAGCACUGGAUGUAAAUGAAUAGAAGUUGUCCAAUCAACACGAUAGUUAAGUGAAAGGAUCAAUUAAUCAAACCAAAUUAUCCAUUAAAAAUGCAUUCUCUAGAAUUAGCCAUUUAUCAGUUCAUAAUGUUAAUACUGCACUCUUUUUCAUUAGAGAGAAUUGGAAGAGUGGUAUGACUCAAGCUAUGAUGAAUAUGCCAUUCAUUUUGAAUGCUGGUAACAAUACUGGUGGCAAUCCUUCUGCUGCCUACACAUCUGCCUUGAUUGGUGGGUUGAUCAAUGGAUUCUUUAGUGGAAGUAUCAUAAUCAUCCUAUUUCAAAAGGUAAUCAUUCAAUCUAUGCACCAACUUGGGUGGCAGCUGGAUUUAAUUAUUAUAUUGUGCAACAAUAUGGAUAUGAAGCAGUUCCUUGGGUAACCAUCAUGGUUGGAUUAUAAAUAUACAUAUUGAGUCAUCUGAAAUGGCAUCAUUUGAUUGAUUUCAUGCCAAAUUACGUUAUUGAAGGAUAUUAUUUGGGAUUACUAUUUUUAAUUGCAAACGGAUACAUCGAUUAUGCCUUUGGAUUAAGUGAUAUGCAUUCCAAUAGAGGAUUCUAAGUAUAUCAUGAUAGAUUAGAAAUGUAUCAAGGUAAAAUAAACUAGAUAAAGUAGAAUUCUUUAGAAGAGGAGAUCUAUAUUAUUUUGGGGCAUCAAUCUUCAUCUUCCUUUUACUCUAUUUUGGUUGGAAAAUAAAUAAGGAUUUGCCUUUGAUAGUAUUAGUAUGUUUAACUGGCUUGAUGGUUGGCAUACUCUUCCCAACAGAAAGGUGUUUAAAGAAUGUUUAUGGAGAUGUAAGUUUAAAAUUGUCUUUCAUUGAAAGUGGUGGUCCUCAUUUCUAACCAGAUAUGUGGACACUCCUCUUUCUAUUCGUUUAUGCCAUCAAAAUGACAUUCUAUAUCACUAUUUAGAAUUUAUUAUGUGCAAAAGGAGCUGAAUAUUUUACAGGAGUAAAAUGUGAUCAUGAUAAAGAAAUCCUAUGUGUUUCAUUAACUAAUAUUUGUGCAGGCAUCUUCAAUAGCAUCCCUUGUUGUGCAUCAAUCAGAUUAAUUAUCUUGAAUAUCAGAGUCAGGAAUAUGAACAGAUGGUCAUCCAUCCUUAAUGGCCUAUCUGUCGUUCUAUUCUAUGGUAUAUUUAGUAGAUACUUUCUAUAAAUUCCACUAUAUUUUGUGAGUGGCAUAUUAUUAUAUUCAGCAUAUAUGUGUCCAACCUGGCCCUAUUUAGAAAUGUUAUGGAGAACAAAAAGGAGAUUGAUUUUAGUUAAACAAAUUACAAUAUCAAUCAUUUGUGUAUAUUAUGGAGCUAUUGAAAGUACUAUGAUUGGAAGCAUGUAUGCUAUGUUAUAGUUUGCUGAAAAGAUGAGUGCAGCAGCUUCUGAAAUAAUAGUCAGUUCAGAUGAAAUGCAAGUAUAAUUUCAUUUCUAUUUAUUCAAUCAAGAAAAACUCAUUAAUUAAACGAAGUUGUAUCAAAUAAUAGGAUGGAAAUGAUAUGGAAUUGAGAAAUGACUCUUUGGGCAUUGAAGAUGAUUUUCCAGACACUCAAUAAUUUAAGGGAUCUUUUGCAAUCUACCGUUUCAAUGGAGCCAUCAACUAUAUUAAUGUCAAAGUAUUAAUCAUUUGUAAUAUUAGAAUCAUAUUGCUUAAAUUAAAAAACUACCAGAAAGUGAUUACAUUGUACUUAGUUUUCGAUAUGUGAGUGUUUUUGAUGACGAGGCCAUAGACAAAUUAAGUCUUAUGAUUCAAGCACUCAUUAGUAUUUAUUCAUCAAAUUUGUAGGUUCACAAAGAGAAGUACUCUUGACAGGAUUGAAUCAAGGCAUGAUUGAAGAAAUGAGAUACAAUGAAUACAUGAAUAAUUUCUAUAAGAAACACAGAUAACAUUUUAAAUUAUUGGGAUCCUGA